AUGGCUGCACGACCGCCAAUGUACCCACCUCCUGAUCGCCCUGGCUUCCCGGCUCCGCGUAUGCCUAUGAAUGGGCCACCUAAGAGUAUGCAGUGGGUAAGGCCAGGGUUGAACUUGAACAAUCGAACAAUCACCCCUAUGAAACGCGAAUAUCCUGCCGAAGAUCGUGAUCGAGCCUUUGGCUCGGCUCCCAAAGCUCCCAAGCUAGAAGCAAACGUUUCUGCACCAGAGUCCCAGCGUGCUGGGAAGGCCAAGUCAGUGUCACCUUCGAUCACUCGACCUUCAAUGGAGAACGGCAUGGGCCGUGACCGAAGGGCAUCUGGGGACUAUCGUAGAGGUAUCUCACCAAAACCCGCGCCAAUCGAAGCCCGCCGCUUCUCCAACAUAUCUAUGACAGAGGCGCCUUUGGUCCCAGAAAAGCCACCAAUAUCGGCGACGUCCUCCGCACCUGAAGCUUUACAGGAUUCGGACGAUGAUCUCGACCUCGACGAAGAUGACUUUGCCGAAUCAGAAGCCAAAUACAACCGCGAAAAGGCUUUGCUAGAAUCAAAACGGAUAGAUCUGAGUGCACCACACUUGCGGGCUACAACCCCGUUACACGAAAUUAUCCUGUUAGCAAGCCUGACUGCGGAACAUCUGCCGCAAGAACAGCCAAAGCUCGUAGACGAAGGGUUGACGUUUGCACCUUCGCCUAAGACGUCUCCGAUCGUCCCCCCAGGAAGCAACGUGAACGAGCUUCCAACGCCAAAAGCCGAAGAGUCCGAAGAUGUGAAUAUGGAUUAUAAGCAUGAGGAGGAAGAAAAGCAGCUGGCUCCAGCAACACGGGCCCUUCGUUUACGUCACGGUACAAGCGAUGAACAUGAGGAUGUCCCUGAUCUUAGUUCUCUUCCAUUCCUUGGUUCUGGGCCCCCAACGCCGAUCUCUGAACUAGAAGGCCCCCGUAUGUCAGAGUCCGUCAUGCUCGCCAUCCGCAACAAGUUGAGAGAAAACAUCGAGCCAGAACUCGAUACCGAUGAGCAAUCGGAAAGAUAUGCCACAAUGUAUCGACAAUGGCGUAUUCGUGUUCGCAGUCUUGAUCGAUCAAAAGACACGGACAGCCACGAGCGACCAGCAUCCGCUGAGCCGAGUGCACAGGCUACAACACCGGGAGCCGAGACUUCUACAGUGGGUCCACUUCUAGAUAAUUCAGCACCCACCACUGGUCGUCGAGGCCACGCCAGUCGAUGGGCAACUGAAUUUGACCUCGAGCUUGCAAUGCAAGAAUCUUUGAGGACAGCUGAACUCGAACGGGAGCAACACGAGAAGGAGCCAAAGAGAUCCAUGGCUGAUCCGGAGAAAGAAGCAGACGUUCCACCCGAACUGACCACAUACGAAGUGCAGCGCCGGAGAUUCAUUGACACCAACUUCCAGCGAGAGCCAGGUCAAGGUAUAUUCGCGUUCCACUAUGAACCACCUGAGGACGACUUCACUGAAGAAGAGCAUCGAAUCAUGGUGCAACAAUACAGGGAUCAAUACGCGAAGAAAUGGGGGAAAUUAGCAGAGAUUCUGUACAAGGAGGCUGGCACCAGCAGGACAUAUAAAGAUUGCAUCAACCAUUACUAUGCCACGAAAUGGCAAAGAGAAUACAAAGGUAAAGUUAGAAGAGGACGCGGUGGACCGAGGAGAAGAGGUGGGGCUGGUCGUGGUCGUGGAGCUAUUGCUAACAUGGAACGGCCUGAUCCGUCAGGAGAAGAUGGGCUUCCUCCGGCCUUAACGGAGACUGGACGGCCACGGCGUUCAGCAGCACCUACCUUUGGAGCGGAGACGGAUAUGGACACAACGGCAUCUACCCCAACUCCGGGACGUCUUCGAAGGCAAACAGAUGCGGAUGGAACACAGGAAAAGGCCGGGCGUCGUGGCAAGAGUGCUAGAGAAAAGGGUGCGCGGAAAACCAAAGCACAGGCGCAGGCGCAGGCGCAGGCGCAGGCGCAGGCUCAGGCUCAGGCACAGGCACAGGCACAGGCACAGGCACAGGCACAGACGCAACCUCUUGCUGCUGCGCCAGCCGGGUCGCCUAUCAAAAUUGACCGCAAGUUGCUGGGUGUCAAGAUGGAAGAUGACUUCGGCAAAUUAAGUGACAUGGGUUUGCCUAUGCAGCCUGGCCUGCAGGAUGAGCAGAUGCUUCUCCAGGCAGAACCACAGUAUUAUUCAAUGCCCGGUAUGACGGAAAGAUCUCGAUUACAACCACCAAGCGCCAGACCUGGACCGUCGAGUUACUGGUCCGUUACUGAACAGACGGAUUUCCAGAAGAACGUUGCGCAUUUCGGCACUGAUUGGGCGGCGAUAGCUACACAUAUGGGCACUAAGACGCAGACCAUGGUGAAGAAUCAAUAUCUCCGGCUCGUAGAGGGCGGGGCGAAAGAUCUCGAAAGAGCGGCAGAGGAAGCUGAUGAGAGACGCAACAGAGGCGUCGACAUAGGACUACCCCCGAUACCUACUCCCGCACCGAAAAGACGUUACGAAAGCACCCAGGUCACUGUCCCAAGAACUCUUGCCCCGACCCCGGAAGCAACAGCAGGCUUCGGUAUGGUAGUCUCAAAGGCUUCACCUCCUAGCAUGUCUUCCGCCGCUAGGUUUUCCAAUAUCGCACAAGCCCCCCAGUCAAAGUCACUGGUACCUGGGACAGCCUAUUCGAUGCCCGAUUCUUCACUUGUGUCAAUUCCCCAGCAGCAGUCUCCACCAACACAUGCAGUGCGCCAACCGAUCCCCCACCUGUCCCAAUUGGACUCCCGUCGUCCUGGUCCUAUUGCAGGUUUCUUCUCUGAUGAGCUUCCCAGGGGCAUGGAGCAUCGUCCACCGUCACAACCGUCUAACAUGCCGCCAAGUUCGCGAGGUUUGCAAUCUCAUGCCCAACCACAAAUGCAAGCGCAGCCAUCGUUAUUCCGCCCGUCGUUCCAAGAACGCGAACCAUCAAGAGCUGAGCCACAGCAGGAUCGAUUCCAGCCCCAGCAUGCUCGUCAUAUCUCGGGGGAAGUGCACCAAGGGAGACCUUUCGGGUCUGUUUCAGUCCAAGGCCGUCCUGGCCUAGGUGUCGGAUCCCCUGAGAACCACCCUCUCUCCUACCAGCAUCGUCAUCAGCAAUCACUGAUGGAAGCUGCGGUGCCACCGCCAAAUUCGUUGCCACCUGCGCGCACUGCUCUUGCGACUCCGCCCGUCAAAGAGGAGCCUAGGGUUUACCCAAUACCCCACCAACGGGCACAGUCCCAGCAGCCCAUGCAUGUGCCUACGCAGCCGCAGGGAUACGGACCCUCAUCGCUACCUCCCACUCAAGUGCCGCCGCCUGCUUCGAGUGUCCCAAAGCCUGCCGCGGAACCUAGGAAGUCAAACCUGAUGUCGCUCCUCAAUGACGAUCAGCCUGAGGAGCCGAAGAGAAAGAAGCCUGAGCAAAACGUUCCAUCGCACACACCAACUCCGCAACAACAGACCCCAAUUGCACCGCCUCCUCCAGUGUCACAAUCAAUGCCUCCGAGACGGGACCCAUACGUUGAAGCAACCACACAACCCUCUUAUGGCCGCCUACCAUACGCACAACAACCCGGAGUGGCUCAAAUGUCAGGCCGGCAGGUUGUCGAUCUGACAAGGGAACAAGCAUCUGCAGGGCGACCUCUACGUGAAGAGUGGCCUCGACAGUUUCCUGGCCACAACCAAGUCUCGCAGGGUCCGACCAUCAGCUCGCCUCAUCAACAACCUGCUUAUAACGAGAGAGCAGCCUUCCUGGGCAAUCAUCGGUCUUUGUUGGCGCAACACAACCAACCACGCCAUAAUCCCUCUCCGCCACCGCUAUCUGCGUUCCAUAAUUCCCCACACCUGCAUUCGCGUACUCCUAGCAUAAGCGGACCACCUGGACAACAGCCUCGUCACGGUAUGACUGUGACAACUGCUUCACAACAUGCCCAAGCAUCUGGUGUUACUUCGCAGAUUCUUCAACCCAAUCCAUAUGCACAGGUUGAUCCGCCUGGCGGCAACUCGCAGCCUUCUGCACCCGUUGGCAUGCGGCCUAGUCCGCAUCUCCAUACCAACCACCUCGGUGGGCAAAGGGACGUGCACGGUCGCAAUGAACAUUCACAGGUACACAACGGAGGUCUAGCGUACCCUAAUCCUCAGACGCCCGGCGAACAGCAUCCUGGUGGUCAGCAUGCGCGCGGUCCCAGCAUGGCGGACCAGUUCCGACGAGACCCACGCGACAUGCAUCAUGACUUCGACCCCCGCACCGGCGAUCGGGACAUGAGUCGGGAAAUACAGCAUCGUGCCGAUGCAUUGCUGCUCCGCGAACGCGAACCUAUAAUGUCGCGCUCCGCAGGUCCACCUCCUGCUCACCAGGAUCCCCGCUACCAACCUCCACCACAAGACAGAGUAUAUGGCGGGCAGCAGCGCUCCCACACUCCAGUCUCGCGAUCAGAUCACGGCCCACCACCUUUGCAGCAUCCUCCUCGCUCGUCCUUGGGCGACAGCCAUCCUCUCUUCGGCGGUCCUCCUCGACCAGAUGAGCGCUUCAGGGACCCAUUCGCUCGUGAGAACAACCGCCUGCGCGAGGAGCAAACCCAACGAGAAGAAUUCUUUGCCGGACAUCGGGACCGAGAGCGUCGAGAACGAGAAUUCCACGAGCUGAGAGAGCGCGAUGCGCAGAUGCAACGGGAGAGGAUGAUGGGAAGGGGUCCGCCGCAGGGCCCGCCCGCACCGGAUCAGAGAGGUACUCCGGGACCCCAACAAGGCCCUGGUGGAAUGGAUUGGGCGAAUGCGGUGCCGAGGCAACAUGGUGAAUGGCGCCGGUAA